AUGCAGAAUAGACCUCAAUCAGCAAUAAUGAAGUUGAAAUCUGAGGCAUCUGAUGCUCGAUCUAGAGAUUCAAUGUCUCAUCUAAUGUUUACUCCUAAACCAAACAAAGUUACUAGCCCUCCGACUAAACGUUAUGCUGAUGGAGAGACUCUUUAUAUUCAGAAUCUUCAAUACAAACAAGAGGCCAAUGUGCUUCGUAUGCAGAAUAUUAAGUUGAGAACUUUGGUUUAAUAGUUAUAAAAUCGCGUAUAGUAAAUAGAGAAAGUUGAUCGCUAUCAGUUACACACAGACCCAUUAGGAUUGACAACUGCAAACCAAGAAGGGAGUAUUGUGCCAAUGUUAAAAGCGAAGAUUCGAGAAUAGGCAUAAUAAAUUGCAGAGCUUACGGAUGAUUUGAGAAGACAAUGCAAAUCUGUGAAAUUAACUUAACUUGUAGAAUUGCAGAAAGAGAUAAAGAAUCAGUAGGAUGAAAUCAUGCGUUUGAAACAGUUUCAAUAAGUCGCCAUCAAGGUGACAGACCAAGACUUAUUUAAUGAUCCAGAUAUAGGGGAGCGUAUAAAAAAUUAUGUGUUGACCAUCAAUGCCCAAGAGAGCCAAAUUGAAGUACUAGAGAAGCAAAUCAAUCAACUUAAAUGUGAAUAUUAAGGGCUUGUUGAAGAUAAUAUUAAGGUGAAGGAGGAAGUCAAGUAGGUUUCUUUUGAAAAAACUCAAUUGAAGAAAAAGUUAGAGGAUUAAAUCAUUACUGAGACUGAAUAAUAUUAAUAGAAGAAAAGAUAAUUUUUGGAGAUGAAACUGCAGAGCGUAUUAAAAUAAGUCGACUCUUUGAAGGGAGAACUAUCCCUUUAUGAGACUAAGUACAAAUAAGUCACAAAAUAAUAACAAGAUUAAGAACGAGAGUUUAAAUAAUAAUUAGCCUUAGUUCAAAAAUCUAAACAGAAUUUAGAAGAUGCACUUCUUAAAAAGGAGUUACUCAUACAAGAUUUACAAGAUCGUGUUGCUAUAUAGGAUUUACUUAAAUAGAAGACUACAUCUGAAGAACCUGUUGUUAAACAUUUGAUUCCACCAAAAUGUUAUAGAUCAGAAUUUACAUAAUUUCCAGAAGUCCAAUAAGCAGAGCAUAAAGCUACUGAUAUUAUCAAUACAGAUCCAAUAGAUUAAGAAAGAUUAAAAGAAUUACUUGAAGAUUUAAGGUAUAAAGUAAUUUCAAUGUGUUUGACUCGAACAAGACUUCAAUACUUAUUUAAAGGAAUCUAAUUUAUUUAAUUGCAAUAAGGAUUAGAAUUGUUUAUGAGGAGGCCCUUUAAUUAUUCAGAAAAAGAUGCGUUAGUUUUAAGUAGAUAUUUCAUUGGAGAAGACAAAGGAUAAGCAUAUCGAAUUCAAUGGGAAGAUACUCAGAGUGUCACUGAUAUGAUACAGUAAAUAGUACCGAGUAAGGAAGACACUCAAUUCAAUUUCAAAAGCAUCGUAAAUAAGAACAGCUUAAUAAAAUUCUUGAAUUUCGAAAUGAAAUCAAUAAGACUGGAGGACAAAAAGUACAAUAUUGAUGAUUACAUAAUUUUUUUAAAGAACAAUACAAAGUGGAAUUCAGAACACAUAAGCUUUCUGAAAUUAAUAAAUUCUUUGUAUUUUGGGGAUUCUGGUACUAUAGAUCAAGGAUUUUUGAGUUUGUAUUUGAGGGAGGAAUGCGAAAUGAUGGAUUAAUUGAAUAAAUUGUAGAUGAACAAUUUCCAAAUUUAUAAAUCAACACCAAAGAUUAUAGUAAAAUACGAUGAUGAUGAGGAUAUAGUGCAGAAGCAUGUUGAAAUGAAAAUGCAGAUAACUAUUGAACCAAUUCUAACAUAUUCAUAAUUACGAUUGAAUGAUAAUUCAUUGAAGACUUCGGAAAGCAGGAAACCAACAACUUGUGGAAGAGAGAACAUUACCUAUAGUGAGACUUAUGUUGAGAGCAUUCCUUUUAUAAAGAAGUAAAGCGAUUAGACAAAAGUUGUAACUUAAAAAGUGGAACAGAUCAAGGAGUAGCAAAGGGAAGAAGAGUAGAGCCAGUUUCAAUUAACAGACAGCUUAUUAUAGCCGCCUUCUCUUUUAAAGAAUAAAGUAGUAAGUGGGGAGGAAGAGCAGCAGGUGGUUGAAGAGGAGAUCUAUUAUGAAGAACUUUGA